CAAGCUGGACUCACUGCUGUGGAGGUAAACAUGGCGGGCCUCGGACCUUUAGCACGAAUCGCUCGACUGGGCUCCAACCUGUGCAGGAACCACCGAUUGAUAUUCAACAAAAGCUCCCAGCGAAGAGGAAUCGCUUCAUGUAUCGACCCUGCUCAAGGUCUCACAGAUGAACAGAAGGAGUUUCAAAAAGUGGCUUUUGACUUCGCAGCCAAUGAAAUGGCUCCUCACAUGGCAGAAUGGGACCAAAAGGAAAUCUUUCCAGUGGAGACGAUGCGGAAAGCAGCCCAGCUGGGCUUCGGUGGCAUCUACGUCCAGCCAGAUGUGGGCGGAUCCGGUCUGUCCCGGCUGGACACGUCCAUCAUCUUUGAAGCCUUGUCCACAGGAUGUGUGAGCACCACAGCCUACAUCAGCAUCCACAACAUGUGCGCCUGGAUGAUAGACACGUUUGGAAACGAUGAGCAGAGGGAAAAGUUCUGUCCUGAUCUUUGCUCGAUGGAGAAGUUUGCCUCCUAUUGCCUCACUGAACCAGGCAGUGGCAGCGAUGCAGCGUCUCUUCUGACCAGCGCUCAGCGGAAAGGCGACCACUACAUCCUGAACGGCUCAAAGGCGUUCAUCAGUGGAGGAGGGGACACAGAUGUGUAUGUUGUGAUGUGCAGAACAGGAGGGAAAGGACCUAAAGGCAUCUCCUGUCUGGUGGUGGAGAAAGGAACGCCGGGCCUCAGCUUUGGCAAAAAGGAGAAGAAGGUAGGCUGGAACUCUCAGCCGACCAGGGCGGUGAUAUUUGAGGACUGCGCCGUCCCGGUGAGCAACCGGCUGGGAGAGGAAGGACAAGGCUUCGGCAUCGCCAUGAGAGGCCUGAACGGAGGCAGGAUCAACAUCGCCUCCUGCUCCCUCGGGGCGGCGCACGCCUCCGUGCAGCUCGCCCGGGACCACCUGCUGGUGCGGAAGCAGUUUGGGGAGACGCUCUCCAACAACCAGUUCCUCCAGUUCAAGCUGGCAGAAAUGGCCACCAAGCUGGUUGCUUCUCGUCUGCUGGUGCGCGAAGCCGCGACGGCGUUGCAGGAGGGCCGUCCGGACGCCGUGUCCCUCUGCUCCAUGGCCAAACUCUUUGUAACCGACGAGUGCUUCGACAUCUGCAACCAGGCUCUGCAGAUGCACGGCGGCUACGGCUACCUGAAGGACUACGCCGUGCAGCAGUUUGUGAGGGACAUCAGAGUCCAUCAGAUUCUAGAAGGAACCAACGAGGUGAUGAGGAUGAUCAUUUCCAGAAAUCUGCUCACAGAAUCAUGAUGAACUUUUUUUCCUCCAGAUCCUUUUCCCGAUCAUGUUGUUAUGAUCUUCAUAUCUUUGAUACUUUAUCACCCUCCAUGAGUUGAUCUUCCUUCUAAGGGAAACUUUAGGCACACUAGUCAGUCACACACAUUUUCUAGUGACAUAUCUGAUCUUUCAGUGUUCUGAGGCCUUAAUUCCAGCUCAUAGUGAGGCGUCUGAUGUUCAGGUACAAAACACACCGUACGGCAAUUUUAAUAGAAAAUGCUUUGAAUUAGGAAUGUCUUUGUAAGCACAGUAUCAUAAAAUGUGAAAUCAUAGAGAGUGACAUGAUGAAAAGGACAUGGGUUUGUUUUAAAAGACAUAGUAUUUUCUCUGGGUAAACCUGCAAUAGAAAUAUAGAAUGGAGUUGGGUUUUCUUUGAACUGUGGCUCCUGUGAAGCUGCUUUUCUCAACAUAUGGUUUCUUUUCUAACAAGCUGCUCAUUUACAGUUAAACUGAUAUUCUGUUCCGGGGUUUUUCACUGCUUGUUCAGUUUACUCUUCAAAGGGUUAAUUUAAUUUUACAUUUUUUUCAUCUAACACUCCCUUAUGCUAAAAAUGUUUCUUUUUUUUUUCACUAUUGGCCUUUACUGCGUAACCUGCAGCACUCAGUUCUUGUAAUUUCACCCCUGCCUCACUAUCUUGCUGGUAGCGUUAUUUCGAUCAGACUACCUCAAACAGACACUCAGACCAUAUCUGAGCUUUUCUACAGGGCUGUGUUUCUCGUGUCGUAGCUUCAGAGUCUUUAGUGGUCCUGCUUUUCAUUUUCUUACAUAAAACACACAAGUAAUGCAUUUUAAAUAGUGGAUUGCAGGAAAACCCGGCAACAAGCCCUGCAGCGCAAGCUAAUGGCUGAGAACCCAAAUAAAUAAAUGCAUACAUACAUCAAUAAUCCAGUGGGUUUGGAAAAACACCAUAUAUCCCCUUUAACUCGACUGUGGUUGUUGUAAAUCACAUGCAGGCUCGGCGUCUCUGUCCAGGAAGUGGCCUUUUAGUUUCUUUCUAUGAUUUGGUUCCUGCUUUGUUACUGUACUUGACCCCGUUUCGUUUUGUUCUGUAGUCUGCCUCGAUGUUAGAAACGUGUGUUGUGGAUUACUUGAUCUGUUACUUUACAGGAUGCACUCCAAAUAAAUUUAUAAGUGAAAAUA